AAACAGCCAGUGCGGAUGUUCGCAGACGGAAAGAGAAACAGCCAGUGCGGAUGUUCCGCAGACGGAAAGAGAAACAGCCAGUGGCGGAUGUUCCGCAGACGGAAAGAGAAACAGCCAGUGCGGAUGUUCCGCAGACGGAAGAGAAACAGCCAGUGCGGAUGUUCCGCAGACGGAAAGAGAAACAGCCAGUGCGGAUGUUCCGCAGACGGAAAGAGAAACAGCCAGUGCGGAUGUUUCGCAGACGGAAAGGGAAACAGCCAGUGCGGAUGUUUCGCAGACGGAAAGGAAAACAGCCAGUGCGGAUGUUUCGCAGACGGAAAGGGAAACAGCCAGUGCGAUGUUUCGCAGACGGAAAGAGAAACAGCCAGUGCGGGUGUUUCGCAGACGGAACGAGAAACAGCCAGUGCGGGUGUUUCGCAGACGGAAAGAGAAACAACCCGUGCGGAUGAUUCACAGACGGACACAGCCCGUGCGGAUGCCCCACAGACGGACACAGCCCGUGCGGAUGCCCCACAGACGGACACAGCCCGUGCGGAUGCCUCACAGACAGUCAGAGAAAACGUUGGUACAGAUGCACCCCAGACUGUGGAAGAAAUUGGCAAUAGAAAUGGUUCACAGACUAAUGGAGAAACAGACAUACCCCUGGACAUGGGAGUAGUGGAUGCUGACGAUGAGAUGGAGGUCAAUGCUAUCAAAGUGGAGGAUGACCAGAUGCAGGAGGAAGACAACUUGGAGGGGAUGCCUGUGAUAACGGCUGUGGAAGAGGGAGGCAACAUGGAUGCUUUUAGCAGCAACUCCCUGGAUCAUGGGGAUGAGGUGGAGAAGAUGGACACGGGGACAGACUCACUGACAGAGAAUGAGGUAGAGGAGCCCAGCAAGACCGGGCAAGUGGAGAAGACUGAUUCCAUGCCUUCUAUCAUGGAUACAGUCUCCAUAACAGGAGACACAGAGCAACCUGCUGAGGAGACCAGCUUUGAGAAGGCUAGCGGCUCGUCUCUGCCCAUGGAGGAGGACCAAUCUGAAGAUGUCAAACCGUUUCACCCCAGGCCCACCUCCUCUAGCGAAGCUAUUCACCCACAGAACAGUGAAGGCACUGACAGUCCUGCAGGGAUGGAGAAUGGAGUGGCAGGACAGCCAGUCAAAGUUUCUGCCCAGCCGGCAGCUGAGCCAGUGUCCACCAGCGCUGACACCAUCUCCAUGGUCAAGGUGAAGGAUGAGCCCGUAGACGAGGAGUAUGAUCAGGCCCUGGCUCCAGCGGUCCUCUCAGAGGGUGUCAAGGAUGAACCAGAGGCAGCAGAGGAGUUGAAAAUCAGUAAUGUCUUCUCUGUGGGCGGCUGCCCUACUACGAACGCCACAUCCACGCCAGUGGCCGCCCUGCCCAAGACUGUAAUGCCUGCCCCAGCCUCCUCCUCCAUCCCUCCGCUGAUCCCCAUGGCUAUGCGGGUGGCCUGCUCGGCCUGUAAGAAGGUGCUGCUGAAAGGCCAGACGGCCUACCAGAGGAAGGGCUCCUCGGACCUCUUCUGCUCCACGUCCUGCCUCACCUCCUACAGCCCCCCGCCCGUCGUCAAGAUGACUGCCCCUGGCCCAGCCAAGAAACCCUGCCACUACUGCCUCAAGGAGAUUGCUAACCCCAAGGACGUGAUCACAGUUCCUGUGGACACCAUGGGCACGGUGAAGGACUUCUGUAGCCAGACCUGCCUCUCCUCCUUCAACUUCAAGAGGAACUCUGCCGUCUCCACCCUCUCCUCCUCCCUGUCCACCAUGACAGGGGCCGUCAAGUGCAGCAUGUGCAAGAAGGCCUGCGUUAGUAAACACGAGGUGAUCUUCCAGGGCAGUAUGCACAAGCUGUGCAGCGAGGUGUGCUUUACGCGCUUCCGCUCCACCAACAAGCUGUCCAUGAACAGCUGCCAGAGCUGCAACAACUACUGCUACGGCAAGGUCACCGUGCUGGUCGUGCAGGGGGUCAAUAAGACCUUCUGCAGCGUUGGCUGUGUCACCACCUUCAAACAGAAAGCUAAGAAGCCUGUAGCAUGUACUAUGUGCCGCAACUUCCGCUCACUGGUGGAGAUGGUCGACAGCGCCGACUCUGACGGCAAGCUGGAGAUGUUCUGCUCUACUGGCUGUGUUACGGCCCACAAAGUACAGACCGUCAGCUCCUCGGGUGCUCGGGUAGAGUGCAACACCUGUGGUCAAAAGACGGUGCCCUCCUUCCACCUGGCCAUGUCGGACGGCUCCAUCCGGAACUUCUGCACCAUGAACUGUGUCGUCACUUUUCAGGAUCAGUUCAAUAAGAGCAACACCCAGAGCCAGAUUAAUGUGGCCCCCAGCACAGGAUCCACAGCUCCGCCCGCGGCCCAGACCAGGGACAAGGUAUCCCAAGUGACCAGACUGCCCUGCUUCCAGUGCCACCGCCUCUUCUCCUCCAAGCCCGAGCUCAUUCAGUUCAAGGAUAAGAUGGUAUUCCUCUGUUCGGUAAAUUGCUCUGAGGAGUACAGGAAGAUCAACUACGAGAUGGCACGCUGCGAGUACUGCAAGAUUGAGAAGCCAGCCAAGGAGGUCAAGAGAAUCAAUAAGAGGGACUACACCUUCUGCAGCGAAGGCUGUAAGCUGCUCUACAAGCACGACCUGACCAAGCGCUGGGGGAAACACUGCAGAACCUGUGCCUACUGCGCCUCCACUGCGCAGAAGGCCGUCACAGGCCAGUACGGGGGAAAGAUGGAGGAGUUCUGCUCGGACGAGUGCAAGUCCCACUACACCCUGCUCUUCUGCCAGGUGGCUAAGUGUGACGCGUGCGAGCGCCAGGGGAAGCUGAUUGAGACCCUGCCGAUGCUGGGCGAGGUGAAGCACUUCUGCAACCUCCAGUGUCUGCUCCAGUUCUGCAGCCUGCAGACCCAGAACCAGGGCAAACCCCAGGGCCAAAAGGUGGCCAUCGCAAUCGCUCCAUCCCCGUCCAAUACUACCACUGCUACGAGUGUGUCUGAUCCGGUCAUCGCCAACGUAAUCUCACUAGCCAGCUCCCCCACUGGCCAGCCCAACUACGCCAACACUUCCCUGCAAGGGACUGUUCCCAGCAGACAUGUGAAGUAUGUUGGAAAUGCCAGCACCCAGACACAGGCCCCCCGUGCACCUCCACCCAGGGCUCAGAAGAACAAGGCCCUGCUCUGCAAACCCAUGGUCCAGAACAAGGGCAUCAUGUGUAAACCCAACUUCACUACCACAGGGUGCCAGACAGAUGAUGAUUUCCCCAAGGUGAUCAUAGUGCCUGUCCCAGUACCAGUGUAUGUCCCAGUCCCCAUGAACCUGUACACUCAGUACACCCCCCAGCCUGUUGGACUUCCCAUACCGCUGCCCGUGCCCAUGUUCCUGCCGGUGACCCUGGAUAACGCCGAGCGCAUUGUGGAGACUAUCCAGGACAUCAAGGAAAAGAUCCCCUCUGACCCAUUCGAGGCCGACCUCAUCCUCAUGGCCGAGAUGGUGGCCGAUGAGGGGAGAGAGAAGUCCCCUGAGCGACCCCCUGAAAGGCCUCCAGCCCCAGUAGUACAAGACGACCAGGGCAGCACCUACAGUGGAGACCUGGACACAGACGAACUGAGCAACUUCCUCACCACUUGGGAUGACGAGCCACCCCCCACCCCUGGCGUCUCAUCGCGCCACAGUCGACCCUACACCCACGAGACGCUCCGACCCAUCGUGGACAUCAAUGUCCCCGCCACCCCCCCACCCCCCAUCAUGGACAUAGAGGCUGACUUCCCAGUCCAAACCCUGGAGCUGAUGGCCCAUUGGAGGGAUCAGGAGAGGGAUAGAAGUCCCAGUCCACCUCCUUCUCCUCCACGACGAAGAGCCAGAAGGAAAGCUCGGGAUGGCUUGCCACAGAAGAAAAAGAAGCGUAAGUCGAGAGCAGCAGAGACUGCGCCAGUGGUGCCUUCGCUGGGUGCGGCCAAGAGUGACGUGGUGCCCGGCGAGCCCCCCAAACUGCAGCACAUGUACGGGGUGGACGCCUGGAAGAGAUGGGUCCAGUGGAGCAAGACCCAGCCUGACCUGGAGAAGCCUCGAUUUGGCUCGCGGCCAAUGGAGAUAAAGGAGGAUGUUUUAAAGUGCACAACAGCAGAGCUGGGCUACGGUCUCUGUCGGUUUAUCUGUGAAGUUAAACGACCCAACGGAGAGUCCUACAGCCAGGACAGUCUUUUCUAUCUCUGCCUCGGCAUCCAGCAGUACUUAUUUCAGAAUGGGCGCAUGGAGAACAUAUUCACUGAUCUCUUCUAUGGCAAGUUCACCCUGGAGAUCACCAAGCUGCUGAAAGACUUCAAACCUACCAUAACCGCCAGUGGCUACCUGCACUCGCGGGUGGAGGAGGAGUACCUGUGGGACUGUAAACAGCUGGGGGCCUACUCUCCCAUCGUGCUGCUCAACACGCUGCUCUUCUUCUGCACCAAGUUCUUCCAGUUCAAGACGGUGGCUCAGCACCGCCAGCUCUCCUUCGCCCACGUCAUGCGCUGCACUAAGUCCAUCCACGACAACACCAAGUCCAACUUCCUGCGCUUCUACCCGCCCAUCCCGAAGAAGGACCUCGCAACUGAGACAGCAGCCGAUGCAGACAGUGUGGCAGCGAAGAGGAAGAGGGAGGACGAGGAGAAAGAGGAGGUGCUGGAGAUGAUGGAGAACAGUGAGAAUCCCCUCCGCUGUCCUGUCCGAUUGUACGAGUUCUACCUCUCCAAGUGCUCGGACUCAGUGAAACAGCGCACCAACGUGUUCUUCCUGCUCCCGGAGCGCUCGUGCGUCCCCAACAGCCCCAUGUGGUUCUCCUCCCAGGGCCUGGACGACCACACCUUGGACACCAUGCUGACACGCAUCCUCACCGUCAGGGAGAUCCAUUUGGGAGACCCCCAAAGAAACGAGCCCCAAUCCAAGGACCCUGAGUGGACCCCUGACCAAGACAGUGACGAGACUGAUUGACUAUGAGGAGUGGUGCCCACACACACAUACAGUUAGAAGCUCUUGUUUGCAUACAUACACACACACACACACACACACACAUAAACUACGGGUUUAUCCGUAAGGACUCCAGCCAUGUGUGAAGAGUAGUGUGUUCGCACACCUAUAGACUGAAUGUGUCGUGUACACAAAAUGUGUGUAAACGCAAUUAUGAACUGACGCUCAACCACACAACUGGGACUGAAGAGACACUGUUCAUGCUGUCUGGUCUUUCAAAAUCAAGUGGAGGAAACCGUAGAAGGAAUCACUUUAAGAAGAAUCACAUUACUGCAUUUGUGAGUGUGGUUGGGGUCAAUACCAUUUAAAUUCCAGUCAAUUAAGAAAGUGAACCAAACUCCCAUUCAAAAUUUUACCAAUUGAAAAGCAUUAAAGAGAAUUUGAAUUUUAGUGUACUUCCUGAAUUGAAAUAGAAUUGACCCCAACCCUGGUGAGCAUAAUUGUGGUCAUAGAGAGAAACAAGUUUGGUUAACAAGAUCUUUUCAAGUUCUUUCAGUUCACAAUACGAUGCAAUGCUCUCCAGCCCUAUUCAAUAUGUACUCCGAUUGGGAAGGCGCUUUUAAGAAGUUGCCUAUCACAUUGACUUCUGCUAUAUCUGACCAAGUCCUUUCUAAUGCAGAGUUCUUAUUUCUGGGAUCACUACAAAUAUGAGGACGCUUUGAAAAUGUUGGUUUUUAUUAUUACAGAUGUCAUUCAGCCAUGUCAACAAAGUUGUUUUCGUGGUUUUGUAUGUUAAAGGAUAUAUCAUGACUGUCAAUAGUGUUGUCCAAGUCCAUUGCCUACUAAAAUUGGUGGGAGACAGACCCAUGCCAUUUAAUUGUCUAUUGCGUUAUAUUUGGAGUCAUUUGAACUUGCCAAAAUGCUUUGUCACAUUAGUGCUCCCACAUGCAUACAGAAGAAAGCAUGUAUAAUGUUGUUUGGGGGGGAAACGUUGUCACUGCGUUUCCCUAUGUAGAACAUUCAAACACUUGUGAUUUGGUGUGAUAUCAGGAAUAAGGAGAGAACCCUGAAUCCUCAAAGUGGAAUUAGAAAUGACUAUGCUAUAGUUUGAGGCCAUAUUGACAGUUAAUCUGCAAAGACGAGCAAUUUUACAUUAAGUGCCCCCCCCAUAAUGGUUCACAGAGGUGCGUAUCUUCGACUUUGUUCUGAGAAACUUUUGUAUCAAAUAUUAUUUUUAAAUAAAUGCCGAAAAACGAA